AAACUAAGGGGCUUGUUGACAAAACGACCUUUGCCACGGGGGAUGGGGAAAGAGGAAGGGAGGAUCUUUCAAGCGCUCCCUAUAGGGAACCCACAAAACUGCAUUUCCCAAACUCGUGUUCCCCUCCAUGACAGCAGCAACAUCAACGCCACGGACACUCACGCUCCCCUUACCAACAACACCAUCUCCAUUGCCAACCAGCCACGAGAUGGCUGCUCUCAACAACACCUCGGUCGUCGUGUACGCGGCCAAAGACCUCCGGCUGAGGUGCUGCUCAAGAUGCACUCGGUAGGCAUUUGCGGCUCGGACGUGCACUACUGGCAGCACGGCCGCAUUGGAGACUUCGUGCUGCAAGAGCCAAUGGUGCUGGGCCAUGAGGCGGCUGGCACCGUGUGCGCCGUGGGGACCAGCGUCACCCACCUCGUUCCUGGGGACCGGGUGGCCAUUGAGCCCGGCGUGCCGCGCGAGAACGAUGAAUUCUGCAAAAACGGCCGCUACAACCUCUCCCCGAGCAUCUUCUUCUGCGCGACGCCUCCCGACCACGGCAGCCUGUGUCGCUACUACACGCACAGUGCCAGCUUCUGCUAUAAGCUUCCCGACAACGUGAGCUAUGAGGAGGGGGCCCUCGUUGAGCCGCUCUCCGUGGGCAUCCACGCGUGCCGCCGCGCCGGCGUCUCACUGGGCAGCUACGUCUUCAUCUGCGGGGCAGGUCCCAUCGGGCUCGUGUGCCUCCUCGUGGCCAAAGGGAUGGGGGCGGCAAAGGUGGUCAUCACAGACCUGUCGAGCGAGCGUCUGGCGAAGGCGCGGGAGCUAGGUGCCGACUUCGUCCUCCUGUCGGGGGCAGGCAGCGAGGCCGAGGCCUCCUUGGGCGGCCCGCAGGACAUGGCGCGUCGCGUCGCCGAGUGCCUAGGCGGCACGCCACCUGACAUCUCCAUCGAGUGCACGGGCGCGGAGGCGUGCGUGCAGGCCAGCAUCUACGCAACGCGCUCCGGGGGAGUCCUGGUGCUGGUGGGCAUGGGCCCCAAGCUCAUGACCCUGCCCAUCCUCAACGCCGCCGUGCGGGAGGUCGACAUCCGUGGCGUCUUCCGCUACUGCAACACGUGGCCGAUGGCCAUCGCCAUGUUGGCGUCGCGGCAUGUGGAUGUGCAGCCGCUCGUCACGCACCGCUUCCCGCUCUCCUCGGCGCUCGAGGCGUUCGAGGUAACGCGGCAAGGGAAGGGCAUCAAAGUCAUGAUCAAGUGCGACCCCGACGAUGAGCAGCCCUAAUCGCAGAACGUCAAGAUUCCCCGUCUCCUCAAGAGUGGACCCGCAGAUGUUAAAGGAAGACACAAGCCACAACAUCUAAAAGCUCCUCUUGCACAGAUACAUAUACCAGGGCUUGUAUGUCAUAGAUUAUGUCUGACACAAGUUUUAAAAUUAGUAAGGCAUGCCGUCAUCGCGCGUGUUAUGCUCGUGAUAUCGGUGCCGUUAAGUCGCACUGAUGGCCUUAACUUUAAAGUCUUCUUUUUUGGCUCUCAACUACCAGUUUCAAAGUCGUGUCUCAAAGCCAAGGAUGUGCAGCCUAUUUCCCAAGAGCCGCUCGUUUUAUUUUAGUUGGGUCCAUAACAGACCAAAGCGUUGGAGUUGCUGUGAUUGACAGAUGAGUGUAAUCAACCUCCGUAUUAAUGAAACUUGAGAAAAAGUGCACAUACUAAUUAAACUGACGUAAUUAACACAGGAAAUGUAAUUAUUAUUCUAAAAGACCAAACUGGCUAUCGCGUUUGUGAAAAUGCCUAAUCGUGAAUAAAAAAGUCCUCAUUUAUUUGAUAUCCUUAUAUACAGUUUUAUGUACAGUCUCCAAAAUCAUGUCAAGCGUCAAAUGUAAAACAACAUAUUCGUGACAUUUCUAUUAAAUAAAAAGCAAUCGCAAAUCA